AUGCCAAAUACACGGAAACAGCUUGACCUUAACACCUGUACGGUGGACGAUCUGGAAUCCAUCGACGGGCUGACGAGGCCUUUGGCAAAACGGAUCAUCUCUUACCGAAAUCGAGAAGGUCAGUUCAACACCAUCAGUGAAUUGAGCAAAGUCAAGGGGAUAGGUGAUCGCACGUUGUCGCUGAUCUCUGGCCGAGUCUUCAUUCUUCCGUCCUCUCCGAGGAGAUCACGUCGAUCAAGUCUUGCAUCGUCGAGAGCCAACUCUCCUCGGCGUAGGACAAGGGCAAGUGUUUCUCGGGUGUCGUUCAGCAGGUCUCCUAGCCCGACUCGUCGCAAGUCGCACAAGCGAGAAGGGUCGCCAACACGAAGGUCGGAGCGAAUUUUGUCAAGGUCAAGUCUCUCUCGAAGAUCGUCACAAAGUUCGUCCCCCGGUCGUAGUUCUCUCCCUCGUCGUACGUCACCAAAGCGGAAAGGAAGUAGCAGUAAGCAAACUCCUCGGACUAAAAAGUUGUCAAAAUUAGGUUCUCGAAGUGGUCCAGUUUUCGUAGACGACGAGAAAAAUGUCAGCAUCGAUCUAGGAAAACUUGCAAGAGACGGAUGCAAUCUAACCUUGCAUAGCGGUGGUAGUAAUGGUCAGAGCUCUCCCAUUAUCACCAUAAACGUCAAGGAAUUGGCUGGUCCAACUCCAAGUGUGGGUUUAUCAAUACCGAAUCCUAGCAAAGCCAUCACCGAUCAACGAUCAUCUUCUCCAGAACGUCCCACCCGAGCGUCGUCCGUUGUCGGCGAGAACCUCAGGGAAUACCAAGUUAUCCGCGAGACAAAGAGAGUGAUUGAGAACUUUUCUGAAGAACAAGGACCCAUAGUUGAACUUCCCGAGGAAAAGAAAUCUUUAAGACAAGGUCAAAAUAGGGGUCCUCAUAAGAUUGAGCAUCGUCAUCGGGAUAGGAGUGGAGGCCGUCACCAUGAUCGGAAAAGAUCCAGAUCUAGGUCUCGGUCUUGCACUCAGUCUUUAUCCCGAUCUCGGUCACCAUCUCUGAAGAAGAGAAUUGUACGCAGAUCAAGAUCUAGAAGUGUAAGCCCACAUCAUUCUCUCCCACGAUCAGGAAGACGACAUGCGUCACCGAUCAACGAUCGUCUGUCCCGCUCUGACAUCGAAAACUGGCUGAAAGACGGAUCAGCACCGCCACUUCAUGUUGACAGAGGUGGGUUAUCUGGACCAAAGGCCACUUCUACACCGGGACGGAGACGGGAUAGACGUCGGUCUCCAGGACAGGAAAUCGCAAGUACAUCACGGGGGAACAACGAUGACCAUGAGAGCAGAUCACCACGACGGAAGCUUGAGCUGGAAGACGAUGACGUGCGUGGUCAUCGACGAGGCGAUGUUGAUUCCAAGGACCACGCCGUGGAAACCAUGGACAGAAGUCGCAGUCGCUCCCGCGGCCGUCGAUCCACGGAGCGACCAGACGAAGAUAAAGGCGGCUCAGGGGAGAUGGUGUGUCGACAUCGCAGCCGUGAGCCACACCGUCACUCGAAGACGGAUGGGAAAAGUCACUGUCAUCGUAGGCACGAUGAGACGAAUCCAUAUGCCCAGGCAUCAUGGUGCUCAAUCGCUUGA